UCUAAAUAUUUAACGAUUUUUGAAUUUUAUUAUAUAUUUAAUGUAUAUUUAAUUUUAUGUAAAUAUAUUAUAAAUGUUUUAACGGUUUGCGCAAUCAAGAAUAAUUUAGGAAAACUCGUUGAAUUCGGAAAAACAAUUCUAUUCGGUUUUGACUCAAACACUAAAAUUCAAAUCUUAAUCCUAGCCCACAUGAGAAAAGCCCAAAAUAAAAAAACAAAAAAAAAACCCAUACCCCUCUUUUCUAAUUCACGUGAAACCAACCUCACCCAAAACCCCUUCCUUCCUCUCUUUCACGUAAAAAGGAAAACUCAAACCCUCCUCCCUCACUGCCGUUUUUCUCUCCUCCCUUCACGACCGUCGCUGUCCCAGUCGCCGCCACCACCGCCGGACCUCCUCGCCACCGGCAACCAGAACCUCGUGGUUCUCCCUCGCCGUCAGCCCAACCUCGACCAUCACCGCAGCCUUCGUUGCCGCGUCACCUCGCCAACCACCAGCAACCACCGUGCGCAGCACCAGUGCCGCCGCCCAGUACCGCCGCUGCCGCACUCUGACCGCCGGCCGCUCUUUCUCUCCUUUUUGGCGGAGAAUUCUUUGUGGGCGACUUUUGAAUUCGUUAAAGUGGCCUAUCAGUUUGUUUACACAAGUCUCUAAGGAUCAAUAAGCAUUGUCCAUCUACAGGUUUGAAGAUGAUGCAUCAUGGGGAUCGGGAUUAGAGAGCUUGUAUUUAGUUUCGUUUUGCUAAGUAACUUGGUUUGUUAAUUUAGACUUUAAACUUAUCGUACUAUUUAUAUUCCCUUAAUUUCGUUGGUUGGUUUUUGGGAUUAAACCUGUAAUUGAUUAUUUAUAAACCUAAAGUUAGUUUUAUGUUUUCCGCUGCAAAAUUCUGAAUAAGCCGUUACGUUUUCACACGGGCGAUAAUGCCUUGAUAAUUCUCUACGUUUUAUAUUAAAAUGUUGUUUUAGAAAAGAGGGAAUUGUCGGGGUGUUACAAAGUGGUAUCAAAGCUUAUGGUUUUACUUCAAUAAUUUUUAGGCGCCUAAACUAGCUAGUUUCCUAAAACGAAUUUUCGAGAAUUGAGCUCUUACUCAUUAUAUCGUUCAAAAUGCGUACUUUUUAUUUGGGACCGAAUUCAUUUUAUUUCGUUUACAAGUAUACUAAUAUUCCUUAUUUAAGUUCGAAAUUAACUUAUU